AUCAAACCAACCUUCUCACCCACCUACCAAAGCCUCAUCACCAACCACGUGCUAUCCGACCCGUCACACCCACUGCACGAAACGCAGCGACGCCGGCAAGCCUCGCGGCCGCGCCGCGGACUCUGGUGGCACGUGACGACGGGGGCGGAUCUGAAUAAAUCGAGCUGUGUGCGGGCGUGGGCGCGGCGCCGUGUGCGGCAUGCGAUGCGUGAGGAGUUGGCGGCGAGGGGGUACGAUGAGGGAGGGUGUUUUGUGGGGGAGAUGAAGACGAAGAAGAAGGAGGAGGGACUGGGGAUUGGGAAGAUUGGGAUUGCGAAUGAGGAUUUAAAAGGGAGUCUGAGAAUGCAUGUUUUGGCGCCGUUGGUUGCGGCGCGGUUUGAGGUUGUGAGGGGCGAGGUGGGGAGUGUAGUUGAGGCGCUUGUG